AAGAAAAAAAAAUAUGAUCCCUGCGGAUAUCAGCAAAUUGCUUGAAUUGAAUGCGUCACAGCUCCACGCUCUUUGCGAGCUCGGUUGCGACUCGUUCCAGUCCCAAUUGACCUUCCCGGAAUCUCUUGUGCUGCUUUUUUGGACCUCGGGAUUUCUCCUCGAACUUGACGUCUUUUUUUUUCGCCUCGCCUAGCCAACCUGCAGCCAUCAUGGCGACCAUCAUUCUCGGGGCCCAAUGGGGCGACGAAGGCAAGGGGAAGCUUACCGACAUCCUCUGCCCUUCGGUUGAGUUUUGCGCCAGAGCCGCCGGCGGCCACAACGCGGGCCACUCCAUCGUCGCCAACGGCGUGUCGUACAGCUUCCACCUCCUCCCGUCGGGCCUGAUCAACCCCAAGUGCAAGAACCUCAUCGGCUCGGGCGUCGUCUUCCACGUCCCCAGCUUCUUCAAGGAGCUCAAGGGCCUCGAGGACAAGGGCCUGGCCGGCGUGCGCGACCGCAUCUUCGUCUCGGACCGCUGCCAGGUCAACUUUGACCUACACGCCGCCGUCGACGGUCUCGAAGAGGUCGAGCUGGGCGCGCGCAAGAUUGGCACCACGGGCAGGGGGAUCGGGCCGUCGUACAGCACCAAGGCUUCGCGGAGUGGUGUCCGUAUUGCCGAAAUCUUCGACGAGGUGGUCUUUGAGAGGAAACUGCGCCAGCUCGCCGAUGGCUACAAGAAGCGGUUCGGCGACCUGCUCAAGUACGAUGUCGAGGAUGAGAUUGCUCGGUUCAAGGAGUACCGCAAGGAGCUCGGCAACUACGUCGUCGACGCGGUCAAGUUCAUCAAGGAUGUGCAGGAUCGGGAUAGCAAACUCCUGAUCGAGGGCGCAAAUGCCCUGAUGCUCGACAUCGACUACGGCACCUACCCCUAUGUCACCAGCAGCAACCCCUGCCUGGGCGGCAUCAUCUCAGGCCUCGCCAUCAACCCGCGCAAGAUCGACAACAUUGUCGGCGUCGUCAAGGCCUACACCACGAGGGUGGGCGACGGCAUCUUCAAGACGGAGGACGAGGGUGAGAUCGGCACCAAGCUGCAGGAGGUCGGGCGCGAGUGGGGCGUCAGCACGGGCCGCAAGCGGCGCUGCGGCUGGCUGGACCUGGUGGUGGUCAAGUACUCGGCCGCCGUCAACCACUACACGUCGCUGAACCUGACUAAGCUGGACGUGCUGGACUCGUUCCCCGCCAUCCGCGUGGCCGUCGCCUACCGCGAUCCGGUCACGGACCAGGACCUCGACUACUUCCCGGCCGAUCUGGGCCUGCUGGAGCGCGUGCAGGUGGUGUACAAGGAGUUUGAGGGCUGGAACGCGCCCACGACGGCCGUCAAGAAGUUCGAGGACCUACCCGCCCAGGCGCGCGCCUACGUCGAGUUCAUCGAGCAGUACGUUGGCGUCAAGGUGUCGUGGAUCGGCACGGGCCCGGACCGCGACGACAUGAUCUACCGCUAGGGGGGAGGGAGAUGACGUGAGGGAGCGAAAAAGGAUCAGAUAGAGAAGACAAAUGGAUAGACUGGGUAGGUACCGUAUGCAUCAAAAGCGGGACGGGCGAAGGAUAAUGCAGAUGCCAGAGACGCGGGCAUUGGGGGCGACAUCGUUGCCAUGUCAAGUCGAAUAGAGCUUGAGAUUUCAAGGGUGGAGGUGUUCCAU